UUUUUAGUUCUUUUUAUUCCGUAAUGAGCAAACUUUCAACGUGUUUUCUUCUGAUGUGUUUGAAAGGAGCGAUGAGCGAGCCCACUUCGGACAAGGGAAAUUCCUCGUCCUGCAGCGACUGCUCUGACGAGAAAGGAUAUGCGAAUGAGUCGGUCAUAAUUUGCUACAACUCCUCAUCUGCAGACGAUGCGACGAUGCAAUGUUUUCCGAUGACGUUCUCUGACCUUGUGGACGGGUUUCUGGAUAGUAUCGGAAUAGCGGGACUGGUAGUUGUAGUCUUGUCUUCGCUUCUCUAUCUUGUUCUUCUCAUGACGGCAAUCUCCGUUCUUCUGCAUAGAGGAUGUGGGGGAAAAGGUGCGCCGGGGCCGAAUGCGAAGUUAUGCAAAAUGUAUGGGAAGGUUAUGAGUAAUUGAUUGGCGAUGUGAUAGUUAUUUGCGUAUUUGUAUUGAUCGGCAUUAAAUAAAGAAAGCAAGGAUA